UUUAUAUAACGCAUUAAAUCCCACAAAAAAGUGUAGAAACGUGUACAAAGAAAUGUUUGCAUAAAAGAAAAGGAACAUGGGUUGGAUUGUUGGGGUUCUUUCUCACGGUAACAGAACUGGCUACUCUAGCUCGAUCGGUUAGGUUGAAUUAGGUCAGUGACCGGGCGACAGUUUCAAUCUUCCGAAGUGAAGACGGGCUUUCUUGAAACGAACCUCAUCUAUGGGUGCAUCCGAGUCGGCUCUCUCAAGCUCACAGAGGUCCGUCGAUGAUAUUACAACGGUUUCGGAGCGCGUAGAAAGUGCAGAUCCGAUCCUGGAGAGGCUGAGGUCCCUCCAAAUCGUGAGCUUUCAUUAUGUUUUCAGUCCAAACCAAUCCUCACGGCGCCACCUGCAGAUAGUAGUUUGACAGAUAUUCUGGUGAGAAAGACGCCAUCUGCUUCAAAUUCAGGUUGCCUAGACCCAAAAGUGCUACUGGAUCUCUUUUGCAUGUACCGUAACUGGCAAGAGGAUAAGAUUCAGAAGAUCAAUAAAAAACAGGAAGAGAUAGAUAACAAAAUAGAAGUGGCAGAUGCACUUGCAAUUAAGCUUCAACAGCGAUACAACUACUCAGUUUCAGCAAUGAAAGCUACAUCACAACAUCUCUCUGGAGUGCAUUCAUUGCAGGUGGAACUUGGAGAAUUGAAGGGGAGAUUGACUGAGUUAAUCAGCAAUUGCGAUGCAUUGUGCAAGAGGAUUGAUGAGGAAGGACCAGAAGUGCUUCGAUCUUCUGUCAAACCAUUUACAGCAGCCUCUGAAAACCUUGUAGAUGCUCACUUAUCAGCUUCUUCUUUACAAACUGACACCAACUAUGGGCCAUAACUUUUUGCUUCCUAUACUUUUUCCUAUGCAACACCAAAUGUAACUUCCCCAUAUCUCACCCCCAUACAGAUGUGCCACUCAUUUUUAGAAUCUGCCUGCUACUGUUACUAACACUUGCACUCAUUGUUUUUCCCCAUUCUGCUAUGUACUUGAAAUUAGUUGUGUUCAGCUACUGUUUUAUUUUCUUCUUCUAUCAAUAUGCUAGGUGUUAGUGUGAU